GGCAGCUGGAACAGAGGAGGGAAGAGCAGUAGCAGCGCCGCUGCCGCCGCCAUCCAGCCUCCGAGCUUGGCGGGUGCGCCUCUGGGGCUAUGCAAAGAUGAAUAAUGAACUUAGAAGCCCCAAGAUCUCACUGCAAAACACAAUCCAGAGAAAUAUUUUGGAUGAAGAAGCUGAGUGAACAGAAAUUCCAAGAAAGAAAAGAAGAAAGAAAUCCACAGAAGACAAAGGAAGCUAAAUUGUUGCUAUAUUUGCUUAGGAAGAUUAUGGAUAGGCACCAAGUGUUAUAUUUACACUCUGUGAGCACAGUCAUCUUGCUGCUUAUUUGGACUGGCACCUCAGAAGCUCAGAAGGAUUGCACAGGAGUGGAGUGUAAGCAGUUAGAAAAUUGCAUUGAAGAAGUGCUUGAGCCGGAUGAAUGCUGCGCCUCCUGUCUACAGCAUGGAUGCACCUGUGAGGGCUACCAGUACUAUGACUGUGUCAAUGUAGGUUUUGUCAAUGGCAAAGUCCCUGAAGGGCAGUCUUAUUUUGUCGAUUUUGGAAGCACUGAAUGCUCAUGUCCCAAAGGGGGAGGCAAAAUCAGCUGCCAAUUUAUGCUAUGCCCAGACCUGCCACCCAACUGCAUUGAUGCUGUGCUGCCAGCGGAUGGAUGCCCCCAGUGCGGAAGGAUAGGCUGUGUUCAUGAAGAUCAGAAAUAUGCCGCGGGACACACCUUCCAUAUGCCACCCUGCAAAGUAUGCCAUUGUCCCAAUGCAGGAGGGGACCUCAUGUGCUAUGAGCUCCCAGACUGUAAUGAAUCCCACAAGCCAUCUGAUCCUGGAGAUGCUGAAGCAGAGAAGCACUAUGAUGAUCCUUACACUUAUGAUCAGGAGGCUCUGGAGGGAGACAUAACUCAGGUAGAGCCCCCUAAAAAGUACUACAGUUACUCGGCACAGACAGAACAGGAGAGCCUUGGCCAAGAACAAAGUGAGGAUUAUGACUACCUUGCAAACAGUGUUACUCCAUCUUUAACAUCCUAUUCGAUUUCAUACCCGACUGCUGUUUCACUCACAAGCACAAAUGUUCCCACCAUGCGCCACCUUGAAACUAGCCACACAACUGAAAAAAGGGAGGAAAGACAUAUGAGUACAGUGACAACACCCAACGGGCAGCAGAGCCAUCAUAAAAUCACCACUACUAAGAACAUUUUAAAAGGGAAAAAAACUGCAUUUACUACUGAGAUGCCCAGAAAUAUGGCAGGAGAGAGGAAGAACCUGGCCCACCGAGAGAGGAAUGAGCAAGAGGAGAAUGCCCGAUUUAGAAUCAAACUGAAUAUGAAAAAAGAUAACAAACAGAAGGAGAACAAAUUGUUGGCCAUAAAAGAGGCCAAUACUACUCAGUCGCACGGGUUAAACACUUUGCAGGAGAAAGGAGAUGAUUUCCCACAAGUCAAAUUUAAUCCAACACCACCAUCUCUUAUUGCAUUGAAAGAAGAAAACAACCGGAUAUCACAAAAACAACCUCAGACACUUUACCAUUACCAGCCUGAUGAAGAUGUGGACCCCAAUUCUGUUUAUACUCCGUCCAGAUUGCCAGAAGGUUCAACAAAAGAUUUAAUUGAAACAUGUUGUGCUGCUGGACAACAAUGGGCUAUUGACAACAGUGAAUGUGCAGAAAUCCCAGUGAGUGGAACUGAUGGUGAUAUUUGCAGAAUUGCUCAGAAGCAGUGUUGUGCCUCGUAUUUAAAGGAAAACAGUUGCAUUGCUGGAAUGAUUGCUGCCAGAGAAGGUGAUGUGUGUGAACCAGAUGAAAGUGAUACCUGUGGAGGAUCAUUUUAUAAGCAAUGCUGUGACUGCUGCACAGUGGGCUUGCGAGUCAAAAAUGAGGGUCAAAGCUGCGAGUCUAACCCAAAUCUUGGCUAUCCUUGCAACCACAUGAUGCUUUCCUGUUGUGAAGGAGAAGACCAUCUUAAUCCUCCGGAGCUAAAGAGACACCCUGAACCACUGUCAACAGUGACGCCUGAGAAACUUUCAGAGACUGAAGAUCACAAUGAAGCUUUGUCUAUCAGUAAUGAAGCCGAAUUAUCAAACAACUUACCUGGAGAUGACCUGGAUGAAUGCCUUGCCUAUCCUGGAGAGCUCUGCCAACACCUCUGCAUCAACACUGUAGGAUCCUACAAGUGCUCAUGUUUCCCAAGAUUUACUUUGCAGGACGAUGGACUCAGCUGUAAUCCAGAUUUUGAAGAAGAAGGACCAAAUACGGCAUUAGGAGACAAAGCCACUGUUGAACCAGAACCCUUGAAGAACCCAUCUGUGACGGUUAAUGGUUUGCAUGAAGAACAAGAUAGGUGUAAAGAUAAUGGUCCCUGCAAGCACACAUGUAAUAUUGUGGAAGGGAGAAUUGAAUGCUCUUGCUUACCUGGAUAUGCUCUCAUGGCAGAUGGGGUUUCCUGUGAAGAUCUGGAUGAGUGCCUUACAGGUAUUCACAGUUGUUCCAGAAGACAACUAUGUGUGAACACACGGGGAUCAUUCUACUGUGUCAACCACAGUGUUAUCUGUGCAGAGGGCUUUGUACUCAACAUGCAUAGAAAAUGUGUUGAUAUUAAUGAAUGUAUAACAGAUGCUCAUACUUGUAAGAGAGGAGAACAUUGUGUUAACACAGUUGGAUCCUUUACAUGUCUUCAGCAACUCAGCUGCCAAUCAGGUUAUGAACUUAAGGAGGGGGAAUGUGUUGACAUUGAUGAAUGUGAAAGGAAAACUCACAGCUGCAAGAUAAACUUUGUAUGUCAAAACACAAAGGGAUCAUUCUAUUGUGAAUCAAAACAACGGUGCAUGGAUGGGUUUUUACAAGAUCCAGAGGGUAAUUGUGUCGACAUUAAUGAAUGUACAUCAAUUCCUGAGCCAUGCAAAGCUGGGUUCAACUGUAUCAAUACUGUUGGAUCCUAUACAUGUCAGAAGAACCUUUUAGUGUGCAGCAGAGGGUAUCAUUCAAGUGAAGAUGGGACCAGAUGUGUUGAUGUUGAUGAAUGUCAGACCGGUGUCCACCGCUGUGGAGAGGGACAGAUUUGUCACAAUCUACCUGGGGCUUACCGCUGUGACUGCAAGAUGGGAUAUCAGUAUGAUUCAUUCAGUAGAACUUGCAUUGAUAUAAAUGAAUGCUGGAAUUAUCCAGGUCGACUCUGUCAACACUCUUGUGAAAAUACUCCUGGGUCCUACCAUUGUUCCUGUUCUUUGGGCUUUCGUUUGGGUUAUGAUGGGAAGCACUGUGAAGAUGUCAAUGAAUGUGACAACAAUCCAUGCAGUCAGGAAUGUGCUAACAUUUAUGGUUCGUAUCAGUGUUACUGCAGGCAAGGCUAUCAGUUAGCAGAAGAUGGUCAUGCUUGUAAAGAUAUUGAUGAAUGUGCACAAAGCGCAGGUAUUCUGUGCACUUUCCGCUGCCUAAAUAUGCCUGGAAGUUAUCAGUGUGCUUGUCCUGACCAAGGAUAUACAAUGUCAGCAAAUGGAAGGACCUGUCGAGAUAUCGAUGAAUGUGCAAUGGGAACUCACAAUUGUUCAUCAUCAGAGUCAUGUUAUAACAUUCAAGGCAGCUUCCGAUGUCUCUUAUUUGAGUGCCCAUCUAACUACAGAAAAGUGUCUGAUAUGAGAUGUGAACGGAUCAACUGCUUCAGCUAUCUGGAUUGCCAAAGCACUCCACUGCGAAUCACUUACUAUCAGCUUAACUUCCAAACGAACAUUGUAGUCCCAGCUCAUAUUUUUCGAAUUGGUCCCUCGCCUGCUUAUGCUGGAGACAACAUAGUCCUUACAAUCAACAAAGGAAAUGAAGAUAACUACUUCAGCACCAGAAAGCUGAAUUCCUAUACAGGCAUUGUCUACCUUCAGCGACAAGUGAAGGAACCCAAAGACUUUUUGUUAGAUGUUGAAAUGAAGCUUUGGCGCCAAGGGACAUACACAACUUUUCUGGCCAAAAUUUAUAUCUUCAUCACUUCUCAUUCAUACUGAAGUAUAGGGACUGCCAUUGGAGAUUAUUGGUGCUGUGGCUUUGUAGCCUUUUUACCAAAGCUUGUGAUGGUGAUAGAAAUUCUAUAUCUUGUCUCUUUUAUUAUUUUCCUAGCUUUUUAUCUUUGUUUUUGUAAAAAUAACUUAAAAUAUAUUAAUCCUUUUUUGUUCAGUUUGGAUUUCUAAAUGAGAAAGAAAGAAGGCUUUCAACAUUAAAGCAAAUAUAUGUACAGUAUUUAGCCUGUCCUUUAAAACUUUCUUAUAGAACUGUUCCAGUGAUGACUUCAACAGUAGUUACCUAGGGUGAUGGUAUGAUCCACUUAAAUUUAAGCGUUUCAGUCUGAAAUUCUGAACGCAGGUAUACUUCUGUUCCUGAGCAUUCCUUAUUUAACAAAAGAUUCUUUAUUUAGUACCUGAGCUAGAGGUAAUAUACUGAAAUAGGGUUAGGGGUCCUACACCACAGAAAAGAAGAGCAGAUGAACAUGUUUCAGUAGACUUUUAUUCAAAACUAACAGUUUGAGCAUAUGGAAAUAAACAACCAGGUCACAGAAGCCUUGCAUAAAUUAAUUAUUGGUAAUGAGGUAAGCUUAUGCGUCUUCCCCCUUUCCCUCUGUUUUGCUCAGUAAGGAUUUCUGAAAGCAGUGCUGUUUACCUCACCUAUUGUAGGCAGGCAUAGCUACAUAGGAUUGGGAGCAGAAUCCCAUUUUUUUCAGUUCAAGAUUUUCUUUUUAUUCCACUGUUUACUGGAGCAAGCCAUGGGACACAUGACUUCUGCUUCAGGGCCUCCUACCAUCCCCAUGUCCUGGCAUGCUAAAAAAAAAAAAAAAGCAAGAAGCUGUCAGAUACCACAUUCAGGCUUUGAACCACUGGCCUGAGAAAAUUUUAUCUUACAGAUGUUUCCAGGUGCAGCACAGGCUGAUGUGGCAAGUUUGGAGGAGUUGAAGGGCAACAGAAUACCCUUGAGAUCCACUUUCAGUCCUAGGCUACAUAUUAUCCACCCCACUUUAAAUAUAUAUGCCAGGGUUUAUAAGAUAUUCCAUAUAUGUGUGUGUGUGAAAUCUUAUGUAACUACCAGGAAGAAGUAAAUCCAACUGAACUCUAGCGACAUAGAUGUGUCUGUACAGAACUCAGUCCUGCCCUUCCAAGUACGCUGAGGCCAAAACAAACAAAACGGACAGUCUCUCCUAGUUUGUGUCUUCUUCCUUAUUAAUAACUUUUGCCAUCUUGACCAUAUUCUGAUGUUGAUUGGUCACAUGUCCAGGUUUUCAUUUGGAAAAUGGGAAAUUAAGAUACAAACAUAGUCCUCUGUCUGAGUUUGUUGAACAUUUAUCUCAUUUAGUAAUUGUGAAGGAUGUUCAUCUUUAAGGGGAAAGGGCUCUGUGUUGUGCUUUUUUUUGCUGAAAUUUACAAUGCAGUUUGGGGGCCUUGCCUGCCUUUGUCAUUAAAUGCAUUUCUGAAGGAACACAUUCAAGGAAUGUUUAGGUGCAGACAGGAUGUAUCAUAGUUUUUCUAGAAAAUGGCCAAAGAUGAAGUAUGCCAAAGCCAAGAUGCUAAAAGUAUUAGAUUGCCUUAAGACAUUGCAUGGCUAUUCAAUUAGAAUGUUCAGAUUAAAGGAUUUUUUUUUCUAAAGGAUUUAUUUUGUGCCUGAAUUGUGUGAAUUGAUGUGAGAAGCUAAUCAGCAGCUUAUGGAGUCCAUAUAUUGUGUUAAGAACACAAUGAAAGAUCUAAAUCGUUUUGAAUCGCUUUUCUUUUAUAGAAAACUGGAACGAGGUCCAUAUCUUUGAGCCAAAUGAGCUAAUAUAAUCAAAAGACCUGUAGAAAUUCAGCAAUGAACAGAAACAUUUUAAAAUAAAUAUUUGUUUUGUUAGAUAAAACAGUCUAUAGUGCUAAAACUUUGUUGAACAUCCUUUGACAUGGUUGUACAUUUGUGAGAUAGGGCAGGAUACAAAUAAAGAUGAUGAUGAUGAUUAUUA